AUGUGCUCUGUAGUCUGCCAGAGACUGGCACUGGGUAAUCUGUCUUUUCUUUUCUGCAUUUGACUUUCCAAUGCAAUAUGUCAUAACAUGAGCCUCAAAAGAGUUUUGCUGAACAGUUGUUCCGAAAGUCCUUUCACUCUUCUUAUUUCCCUUUUAUUAGAACUGACAGAAUUUUUAGAUGUCCCUUACCGUCAUUGACAUUUUGAUAUAUUACAUCUUUCUAUAAGCCACCAUGAAAAGUCACAUUGAAAAAUUCAAUUAAACAAAUCCAAUAAGCACAACUAAGAGAUUGCAGGCACACAUGACUUUGGGAGUCUCAGUGCUGAACCCACUAGCCCUCUCAGCCCCUUUGUUAGACUGUUGGAUUGCCAUAGUUUAUCUAAUGCUGUUCUUCUUUGAUAAGAGAUGAGACAAACACAUUUCCCAUUAGAAAAUAAAGUUCCACAAAACUAACUGAUUUCCUGUCUGCUGUGGAUCCUACUGGCACCCUGCAGUAAACUCGGCCCACUCGUGUGAGUUGUUGGAGCGGGAGAAGGAUGAGGUGCGUGGGGCAUUGGAGGGCGAGCUUCAGACGAUGCAGGAGCAGCACCACACGGAGCUGGCCCAGCUGGAGGAGAGGCUCAGGGUGUUCUACCAGGCCGAGUGGGACAAGAUCCAUCUGACCUACCAGGAGGAGGCAGACCGGUGCAAGGCCUUAAUGGAGCAGCAGGUACAAUAAAGCUACUGGAUGCAUCCCUAAUGGCACCCUAUUCCAUAUAUAGUGCACUACUUUUGACCAGAUCCAUAUGGGCCUUGGUCAAAAGUAGUGCACUAUAAAGGGAAUAGGGUGCCAUUUGGGACAUACACAGAGACUGAGUGCAUGCCAAUAGGCUAAAAGUGGCUCAGUUCCUCCUUUCUACUGGAGAAGUGAAAGCAGUAUUGCUUUCACCCAGUCUGUUUAUUUCAGAUCAGUAAAAAUGUAGAGAAGGGCUUGAGAGGAUUGAAAUGCACCCAGAGUGUCAAGUCAUGUUACAACUACACAUUACAUGACUGUGUGUAGCCCCCGGUCUCUCAGGGCUCAGUCCUGUGUCUGUCUAUGUGACAGUGAGAUGAUUGUUUAGAGAUUCUUUCAUUCCUGACAUACACAAAGUCCGUCAGGGUCCUCUGCAGUCAUUCUGUUGAGUCAUUCACAGAGCAUACUACUCAGCUAGAUUCAUUUCAAGGAAAAUUGGUCACUGCUGAAAGUAGUCCACAAAUCAGACCUGAGGACAUUGCUUUUCAGUAUACUGUCAGCGUGAAGCUGGUUUCGUCCUGAAGGUUACUCUACUGAGACGGGGUGCGUCCCAAAUUACACACUAUUCCCUUUGUAGUGCACUACUUUUGACCAGAGCCCAAACUGACUUACUGAAUAGAAUUGAAAUUCUAUUCGCUUGGAAUAAGUGUUUUUGGCUGUCUGUACCGUGUUGGUUUAUUUGAUCUUAAUUAGUUGUAGGCCUAAAGGCUUUGCAUAAUCCAUCCGUUAUCAUUGAUGUGAUGAUUAAUAAUGCACCUGUUAAAGGGAUACUUUGGGAUUUUGGCAAUGAAGCCCUUUAUCUACUUCCCCAGAGUCAGGUGAACUCAUGGAUACCAUUUUUAGGUCUCUGCAUCCAGUAUGAAGGAAGUUGGCGCGUUUCACAAGCUAGUGUUAACGAGCGUUAGCGCAAUGACUGUAAGUCUAUGGUAUCUACUAGCAUGCUAGCAGUUACCAUAGACUUCCAGUCAUUGCACUAACACUAGUUGGCAAUUGCAUUAACCCUAGUUGGCAAUUGCAUUAACGCUAGUUGGCAAUUGCAUUAAUGCUAGUUAGCAACUUCCUUCAAACUGCACGCAGACAUAAAAAUGUUAUCCACUAAUUAAUCUGACUCUGGGGAAAUAGAUAAAGUGGUAAUAAGCUUUUUAUACGUUGCUUUUUUUAUUGAUCAUAAAUGUUCCUAAAACCAUGUUCCUUCUCUUUUUGAAGAUGGGGGAGUUGAGAGCCAGCCAUGAGGCUGUGAUGUUAGAGCAAGAGGCCAGCCACUCUGAACAGAUCCAGGCAGUUAAACAGCAGUGUGAGGACUCUCUAGAAGGUACAUUCAUCCUGUCAUGUACACCGUUGUUUUUUUAUAGACCAAAUCUUAAGUUACUGCGAGGUAAAAAUCAGCACAGCACGUGUGUUAAAGUCAUUUAACUUUGAUGAAUCAGAAGUAUUUCUGAUUUUGACUGUCUUGCAUUAUAAUUCUGUUAAACUGUGAUCUCUCUUCAAGAGCUCCGUCAAGCUCAUGAGCGGGAGCUGCAGACAUUGGACAAAAGACUGAAGGAGGCUGAAGUCACUUUAUCUGUAAGCUUCAGCUUCACAUAUCAAAAUAUAUUCCAAUUUAUUUAGUCUCAGGAGAGGUUAGGUGAUAAUGUCCUCAUGAUGUGGUGUUCCUCAGGGCCAGAUUCAGGAGCUCACCGAGGAGAACACGACCCUGAACCACAGGAUAAAGACAGAGGAGGACCAGAGGAGGGAGCUGGCUGAGAGAAAUCAGGUACUGCCAACACGCAACACCCCUCACAUUCACUCUCAUCUUACAGCCCACUCCAAUAACGUUCAGAGGUAAGUGUCAUUGACGCUAAGCAACAGAACUGCCCUAUCUCCCUCCCUCAAUAAUAUAUGCGAUUUAGCAGACACUUUUGUCCAAAGCAACAUAGUCAUGCGUGCACACAUUUUACGUAUGGGUGGUCCCAGGAAUAGAACCCACAAUCCUGGCAUUGCAAGCGCCAUGCUGUAACAACUGAGGCAUACAGGACCUCCAGUGUAUAAUGGUGUUUUCUUCUCUUUCUGUAUUUCUGUCUAUUUCUUAUAUAAUGCACUCCUUUAAACCAGCGCCUCUGGUCAACAGUAGUGCACUAUAAAGUGAAUAGGGUGCCAUUUUUGACACCACCCAAGAGUGCAUUGUUAAAGUUAGGCUGCUGUCGGCAUAAUCAGUAUUGAUUGGGUGCCCAUUUCCUCGCAGCAUUCUAACAAUGCACAUGGAUUGCGAUAACGACCUCUGUACUACCCUUCCAGCCACUCUGGUAGGCUAGAAAUAGACUGACAAUAACCACCAGGAUCAACCCAGUGGUCCACUGCCUGCUUGGGGCUGUGGGAGUCAUGGUGAAUAGUUGAAACACCACACGGUGUAUAGUUUUACAACCUAUAAUGACUUUAAUGCUCUCCUGCUAUGUGGUUGAAAGCAUUGGCCAUGUUUGAGUAAGGCUGUUGUGGUGACCGUAUUACCGUCACACUGGCAGUCAUGAGUCAUGACCGCAGUCAAAUUCCACGUGACUGAGUCACCUCUCCUCUUAUGCACUCUGGACAUGCGUUGGUAGUACCCAACUAGCUAACGAUCAUCAGGUCGCUAAUGGCCUGGUGCUCAGGGCUCUAUUGUCCCUCUAACCACUCACAUCAAUGCAAAUACAAUCGAAAAUCACAUCAAACACUUAUCAAAACAGUUUCAUGCUUUUAAAACUCACCUCACUGUGAUUGAUCAAUUUAAAGAAAGAUGUUCAACAACAGGUUAAACUGAGUGGAAAACAUGGUUGUUGUGGAUGUUGUUUCAAAGCCUAACACAACGAAAUGGAUAGCACUUUAUAAGGUGAUGAUUAAUUCAAAACAUCCAUAUGCAUAUUAGAGCUAAUGCAUAUGCAUAGGCCUAUAUAUGAGCCCAAGCCCACAAAAAAUAAAACAGAAUUAAAAUUAUUGUGCCGUUAUAUACUGAACAAAAAAAUUUACGCAACAUGUAAAGUGUUGGUCCCAUGUUUACAUGUGGAAUGUGAAACGCAGGCCCAGAUCUUAUUUUGGUCCAGUGUAACACACUGACUGCAUUUCCCACCUCUCUCUCAACAGAAACGCACUAGGCUGUUGCUGUUUCUUAGAAUGAUCUAUACUGAACUACAUGGAAAGUGUUGGUCCCAUGUUUCAUGCGCUUAAAUAAAAGAUCCCAGAAAUGUUCCAUUCGCACAAAAAGCUUAUUUCUCUAGAAUUUUGUUCACAAAUGUGGUUACAUCCCUGUUAGUGAGCAUUUCUCCUAUGCCAAGAUAAUCCAUCCACCUGACAGGUGUGGCAUAUCAAGAAGCUGAUUAAACAGCAUGAUCAUUACACAGGUGCACCUUGUGCUGGGGACAAUAAAAGGCCACUCUAAAAUGUGCAGUUUUGUCACACAACACAAUGCCACAGAUGUCUCAAGUUUUGAGGGAGCGUGCAAUUGGCAUGCUGACUGCAGGAAUGUCCACCAGAGCUGUUGCCAGAGAUGUAAUGUUAAUUUCUCUACCAUAAGCCGCCUCCAACGUAAUUUUAGAGAAUUUGGCAGUACGUCCAACCGGCCUCACAACCGCAGACCACAUUUAACCGCGCCAGCCCAGGACCUCCACAACCGGCUUCUUCACCUGUGGGAUCGUUUGAGACCAGCCACCCGGACAGCUGAUGAAACUGAGGAGUAUUUCUGUCUGUAAUAAAGCCCUUUUGUGGUAAAAAAAAUUCUGAUUGGCUGAGCCACCCCCUGGGGAGCCAGGCCCACCCAUGUCUGCGCCCCUGCCCAGUCGUGAAAUCCAUAGAUGAGGGCCUAAUGAAUUUUUUUCAAUUGACUGACUUCCUAAUAUGAACUGUAACUCAGUCAAAUCAUUGAAAUUGUUGCAUGUUGCGUUUUAUUUUUGUUCAGUAUACCAUACAUAGCCUACUGCAUAUUACCCCCCCCCCCAAAAAAAGAAUAAUAAUAAAUAGUAAUGGCCUUUGAGUGUGGACUGUAUUAUUAUGCAUACUGGAUGGACUGGUUACCUUAUGCUACUCUCCAACCUUUCUAUCCAUGAGUGUGGGAGAAAACGUAUAGCCCUAGGCGAUACUGUUGGUUCAUUGAUUGUGCAGAAUGGCUUACAGAGUUAGCCUACAAUUACAGUGAAUUUGUAUUUGAUUUUUAAUAGCCUAUAAUAGAGUUGUCUUAUUUUUUAUAUAAUGAAUAGGCUGACACAUCACCUUUUAGCUACAGAAAUCUCACCACUGUGCAUUUACAUCUCUUCCCCUCUCUCCUUCAUUCCUUACUCCAGCGCGCAGAGAGAGGGGCUGUCAAAAGUUUUAAUGAAAAUAUUUAAUAUGUUUAGUUGUGAAAACAUGUUACUAUCGACGAUCCCGAACAGAUUUAACUUGGUUUCUCAAAAUGAAGCACUGGGUAACUGCAUGAAUAGGGUUGGAGAGGCCAUGGCAUAUACAGUGGCUUACAGUGAAAGUGUUCACCCCCCUUGGCAUUUUUCCUAUUUUGUUGCCUUACAACCUGGAAUUAAAAUUGAUUUUUGGGGGGGUUUGUAUCAUUUGAUUUACACAACAUGCCUACCAUUUUGAAGAUGCAAAAUAUUUUUUCUUGUGAAACAAACGAGAAAUAAGACAAAAAAACAGAACUUGAGCAUGUAUAACUAUUCACCCCCCCAAAGCCAAUACUUUGUAGAGCCACCUUUUGCAGCAAUUACAGCUGCAAGUCUCUUGAGGUAUGUCUCUAUAAGCUUGGCACAUCUAGCCACUGGGAUUUUUGCCCAUUCUUCAAGGCAAAACUGCUCCUUCAAGUUGGAUGGUUUCCGCUGGUGUACAGCACUCUUUAAGUCAUACCACAGAUUCUGAAUUGGAUUGAGGUCUGGGCUUUGACUAGGCCAUUCCAAGACAUUUAAAUGUUUCCCCUUAAACCACUCGACUGUUGCUUUAGCAGUAUGCUUAGGGUCAUUGUCCUGCUGGAAGGUGAACCUCCGUCCCAGUCUCAAAUCUCUGGAAGAAUGAAACAGGUUUCCCUCAAGAAUUUCCCUGUAUUUACCGCCAUCCAUCAUUCCUUCAAUUCUGACCAGUUUCCCAGUCCCUGCCAAUGGAAAAACAUCCCCACAGCAUGAUGCUGCCACCACCAUGCUUCACUGUGGGGAUGGUGUUCUCGGGUGAUGAGAGGUGUUGGGUUUGCGCCAGACAUAGCGUUUUCCUUGAUGGCCAAAAAGCUCAAUUUUAUUCUCAUCUGACCAGAGUACCUUCUUCCAUAUGUUUGGGGAGUCUUCCACAUGGCUUUUGGCGAACACCAAACGUGUUUGCUUAUUUAUUUCUUUAAGCAAUGGCUUUUUUUGGCCACUCUUCCGUAAAGCCCAGCUCUGUGGAGUGUACGGCUUAAAGUGGUCCUAUGGACAGAUACUCCAAUCUCCGCUGUGGAGCUUUGCAGCUCCUUCAGGGUUAUCUUUGGUCUCUUUGUUGCUCUCUCUGAUUAAUGCCCUCAUUGCCUGGUCUGUGAGUUUUGGUGGGCGGCCCUUUCUUGGCAGGUUUAUUGUGGUGCCAUAUUCUUUCAAUGUUUUAAUAAUGGAUUUAAUGGUGCUCCGUGGGAUGUUCAAAGUUUCGGAUAUUUUUUUAUAACCCAACCCUGAUCUGUACUUCUCCACAACUUUGUUCCUGACCUGUUUGGAGAGCUCCUUGGUCUUCAUGGUGCCGCUUGCUUGGUGGUGCCCCUUGCUUAGUGGUGUUGCAUACUCUGGGGCCUUUCAGAACAGGUGUAUAUAUACUGAGCUCAUGUGACACUUAGCUUGCACACAGGUGGACUUUAUUUAACAAGUUAUGUAACUUCUGAAGGUAAUUGGUUGCACCAGAUCUUAUUUAGGGGCUUCAUAGCAAAUGGGUGUCUGAUGGGUGAAAAUAGGAUCACUUGAUGAGAGAACAGCUGUGCAGCAUGAGGCAAGGAACAGAGCGCAAGCUUUUUUUGAAACUUUCUGAAAUCCUGCUCCAGAAUGGGAAAAGUAUCCUUUACAUUUUUUUCAGCUAAGUUGAAUUAUAUUGUUCUUACUAUAAAAUAAUAUAAAAUAAAAAUAAUGGCAUGACUUAUAAGCAAAUCUUGUCAGCUAAAUGAACAAGCCUACAGCCUAUGGCAUGGUGUAUAGCCAGAUAACUUACAGUAGGCCUACUCAUGUUCUGUUCUUCUGAAAUGCAUUUUCUUAAUUUUAAUCAUGUUUCUUUUAGACCUGCCUAAAAUACAUAAUGGAUUUAUUGUAAUGGUGUAUAUUAAAUUGGGCUUACACAGUGGGGUGUUUUUGUCACCUAGGUAUGGUGCCCUCUGUUGAUUUGGUUAUGGAUUUAGGGUUGUAUAACUGUUAUGGGCAGAGGCUAACCUCAUCUGGAAUUAUCACACUCAUUCAGACUAGUCUUAUUCAGACCACCCUCUUGUUGUGCCGUUCCAGAAGGACUCCCUGUAUUUGGAGCAGGAGCUGGAGAGCUUCAAUGUGGUACUGGAUAUCAUGAACAAACAGCUGCAUGAACAGAACCACAAACUGAUGCAGAACAGUGUUACUCACCCUCUUGUUGUGCCGUUCCAGAAGGACUCCCACACCCUGUAUCUGGAGCAGGAGCUGGAGAGCCUCAAUGUGGUGCUGGAUAUCAAGAACAAACAGCUGCACCAACAGGACCACAAACUGAUGCAGAUGGACAAACUGGUGAGCACCAUAGAUACCCCACCCACUCACUGUUAAUGACCUAUAGUUCAGGCAUCAAUUUUAAGACCAUUUUUCUAUCUAGUCUUGAAUGUUUAAUGUUUUGGAUGUUUUUGUAGAUGGAGAAAAGCGUUAAGCUGGACGAAUGCCUUAAAAAGGUCCAGCAGGAGAAUGAGGAUCUGAAAGCCCGCAUGGACAGACAUGCUGCUCUGUCCAGGUAAAACAACUGCUCAUUCUCUUUCUCCUCUAUUCUUCAGUCAACCUGGGACUGGGUGUCUAUGGCCUUCUAUAUAUCUGGGUCUUUUCUCCUCUCUAACUCUUGUCUUGACAUCGCUUUCCAGACAACUGUCCACAGAGCAGGCGGUGCUGCAGGAGUAUCUCCACAAGGAAUCCAAGGUGAACAAGCGUCUGUCUAUGGAGAAUGAGGAGCUCAUCUGGAAGCUGCACAACGGGGACCCGAGCAGCCCCCACAAGAUGUCCCCCACCUCCCCCUCCCACCAUUCCCUCGGCCUCCAAUCACCUCGCAGCACUGCUGUCUUCACCAGCCCCAUCCAAUCACCUCGCAGCUCUGCAGUCUUCUCCAGCCCUCCCGUCUCACCCAGAUAA